AAUCCUUGCCCUAAAAUUAAGGGCUUUCAGACAAACAAAACGCCCACUACUGCUGAUGCUGCUCUAGGUCCUUCUUCUUCUUCCUCCUCCUUUCACUUGCAGGAAAUCUCCGGUUAGGAAGAGCUGAUCAAGGUAUAUAUUUUGGGAAUUUUGUGAAUUGGAAGGGAUGGGGAGGGUUGAGAUGGAAGCGGCGGUUCGAAGAUCUGUUGCAUUGAUUCUUAUGAAGCAUAGUAGUUAUGUUGGUGCUAGGAUCAAGCUAAUUGAAGCGAGAGCAUCGUUUCCAGGACUUGAAUAUGUUGAUGAAUUGAUAAAAGUAUGUGACAUAGUAUGUGCAGCUGACUCUCAAGGGAAUGGAGUUGAUUGGUGCUCCGUUCUCGGGGUUAACAAGACGGAUGAUGAGUCUGAAAUAGAGGUGAAAUAUGUGGAGCUGAUCAGAACUUUGGAACCCAUUAGAAACAAGUUUCCAGACAUUCGAUCUGUAUUUGGGCUCGUCGAGAAAGCUUACAGUGCUUUUAAAGAUAGAGAAAAAUGUUCAGAGUCUGAUUCGAGAGGAGAUGCAAGCUUGAGUCCUUGUGGUUCUGCUAAGCUGAUAGACGCAGUACAUUCAGAAACCGUGGAUAUAAAUGGGGGAGCUACUUCACAAUGUUCUCCUGGGACUAAGAGAAUUGUCAGCGAGGGUUCAGAUGAAAUAUGCAACUCUGGAGAGCAGCCUUUGAGGAGGAUAAGAAGUUUGGGUUGGGAUGAUUUGAAGUUACAGCUGAGACACAAUCACUCGAUAAACUAAUUGGAAAUGGGUGUAGCCAAGAAGCGAGCUCGGGUACUGCUAAAAACAAGAUUGCAUCAAAUGAGGUGGAAGAAUCUUUAGGAAGAUCAUCUGGGAGCCCAGUGAAUUUAAAUAUGGAAGUUACUUCACAGAUUUCUUUGGGAACUAAGAGAAAGGUUAGUGAGGGUUCAGAUGGAAGCCAUUUAAUGUGCAACUCAGGAGAGCAGCCUAUGAAGAGGGUAAGAAGUUUGGGUGGGGAUGAUCCAAGAAGUGAUGCAAGCUUGAUUCCUUGUGGUUCUGUGAAGCCUUUAGAUAGAGCACAUUCAGAAACCGUGAAUAUAAAUGGGGAAGCUACUUUACAAAAUUCUUGCGGGACUACGAGAACUGUUGGGGAGGAUUCAGAUAAAAGCAGUCUGAUACGCAACUCAGGGGAGCAGCCUUUGGAGAAGGUAAGAAGUUUGGGUGGGGAUGAUUGUGAAUUUAUAGCUGAGACCUUAUCACCCGACAAACUAAUUGGAAAAAGUUGUAGCCAAGAAGCUGGGUCGGAUACUGCUGAGAGCAAGAGCAGAUCAAAUGAUGUGCCGAAUCCUGACCCAUUAUCAAUACCUGAGGAUGUUGUUGUGCAUACAGUUGCAGCAGAAUUUAGCAAUGGUGCCUGCCUUAAUCACCAAAAUUCUAGGUCUCCUCCUAUAACUUCAGUGCUGAAUCCUGAAAUCUGUAGGCAAUGUGCAGGGGAUGUUGCUCCUGGAGAUCAAAAUGUCAAGCAACUCAAUACAACUUCAUGGCCAUUAACAUGUGAAGAAAAAGAGAGUCAGGCUGAUGGAACUUCAAAAGAUGAAAACACAUCGUCUUCAAAUAAUUUGGAAACGGAUGGGUCGUCAAGAGAGAAUGUAAGCAACCUAACUGCAAAAGAUGACGAAGAGAAAGUGGCAGAAGAGAUUGAUUUUGAGAGUGACGGUGUCAGUUUGGGUGGACUUAUGGUGAAUGUGUCUGAGCAUGGAAAUAGUGCAAGCCACUCAGAUGAUGCAGUUAAUAAGUUGGUUGACAAAGAGAAAGUGGCUGAAGAGAUUGAUACUGAGAUUGACUGUGUCAGGUUGGGUGGGGAUGAUAGUGAACUUAUAGCUGAGACCCAAUCAGUCAAUAAACUCACAGGAAAAGUAUGUGACCAAGAAGUGAGCUCGGAUACAGCUAUAUGUAGAUCAAAUGAAGUGGAAGGAUCUUUAGUAAGAUUAUCUGGGAUCAUAGUUAAACCCAUAAUAGUUCACAAGGCUGAUGCAUUUGCAGUUGGACAGUUUUUGGCUUUUCACGAUCAAGAAAAAAUGCCUCGGUUGUAUGCUCGGAUUAAUAAAAUAGAAAGUUGUUAUUCAGAGGAAACAAAUAGCACAGAAAACACAUUGUAUGUUAGGUGGCUGAGACCCGCUCCUAUUAACCCAGAUGAGAAAAAAUGGCAUGAGGUAGGUUUGCCUGUUUCUUGUGGAUUCUUUAAGCUGGAUGGUGAUGAAAUAGAUCAAAAUAACAUUGUAGUUGGCAAUCACCCUGUUAUCUCACAUUUGGUCACUUCGUUUCAAGAGCAUCGUUAUUCAAAUGAACUGGUUGAACUUUAUCCAAGAGAAGGGGAAGUGUGGGCACUUUAUAAGGAGUGGAAGCCAUUUGAUUGGUGCUUGGAUCCGAAUACAAGGAGAGGAUGCAAGUUUCAUCUCGUAGAAGUUCUCAAUGAUUACUCCACAGAAAAUGGUGUUAAGGUUGCAUGUCUAGUAAAGGUGGCAGGGCAUGAAACCAUCUUUCGAAGGAGGGGCCUCUCCUUUAAAAUUGCUGCUGGCUACUUGUUUGGGUUUUCUCAUAAUAUCCCUGUUAAGUCCACAGGUGAUAUGGGGGGUUUAUUUUCAACUAUGGUACUCGAUCUCGACCCGUUAUCAAUACCUGAGAAUGUUUUUGUGGAUACGGUUGCAGCAGAAGUCAGUAAUGAUUCCAGCAUUAAGCACCAAAAUUCAAGACCUGCUCUUAUAACUUCUAUGCCGGAUCCCAAAAUCUGUACAGUGAAUCAAUGUGCAGGUGGGUCAUCAAAAGAGAAUGUGGGCAGCCAAACUGCAACGAAUGAAGAAGAGAAAGUGGCAGAAGAGAUUGAUUUUGAUGGUUUCAGUUUUGGUGGAUUUAUGGUGAAUGUGUCUGAAUUUGGAGUUAGUUCAGGUGAUUCGGAUGACGCAGUUCAUAAGUUGGAUGACAAAGGGAAAGUGGCAGAGCAGAUUGAUGGUGAGAGUGAUGGUGUCAGUAAACUUAUGGUGAAUGGGUCUGAAUGUGAAAAUAGUUCAAGUGACUCAGAUAAUGCAGUUAAUAGGUUGGACGAUGAAGAGGAAAUGGCAGAUGCGAUUGAAUCUGAGAGUGUUGGUGUCAGUUUGGGUGGAUGUAUGGAGUCUGAAUGUGAAAAUAGUUCCAGUGACCCAGAUGACGCAGUUGAUAAGUUAGAUAUUGGUCAAGUUAUAGAAAUCAUCAAAAGGAAUGGAAAUAAAGAAUCGAUAUGGCAAACUGCAAAUGACAUGCUUUCCUCCUUGGAAGAGGAUCCCAUCCUUUGUAUGAAAGCUGUUUGUGCUUUACAUAGACAGCAACUAACGAAGCGAAAAUCAGUCAAAAGUUCAUUGCAUAACAGGAACCGAUGAUUUAGUGUCUUUAGCAAGUUCGUCGCCCUCCGGGGAAGUGAGAUGGCUGAGUUUCUGACGGAUAAUAAUCCCAAAGGUGACUUGAAGAGGUCUGCAAAAGAGCUGGAAGUGUUCAUCUCUGAAGGACUUGAAGACUGUAAAACUUUAGCUGGAUUCUACUCGAAUGAAUUAUUCAUCAUAUACCAGAACCACGAAGAUCCUUUCUUCGGUCCAUAUUAGGUUAACAACAUGAUGAAAUUGAAACUUACUUCCUCCUUUCCGUAAGUUAAAUAUUGAUAGAGCGACUAACGAUUGUAAUAUUGUAGGAAUAGGUGGUAUAUAUGUACUUGGUGAUGCAGCCAUGCAGGUGGAUCUUUUGUUUGUUUUGUUCAGCUCCUUUUUGCGAACAAAACCACUUUUGCUGAAACAUUGGUUCUUCGGAAUGGACGAACUAACCAUCGAAACACUGGCGGGUAGUAUUCCGAACUACAGGCUACGGUUCCUAGAGGGUUUGAAAGGCUGAUUUCAUGCGGUACGCAAUGUGGAAAAUGUACGGCGAAACAUGCUAAGAAAGGUACAGAGUAGAUAGUGAAAAAACUCUUAUGUCAACAAGUGAAGCUGGCAUCAUUGACCAUGUAUAGCCUGUUUAAUUGCAAUCAUCCGCCAUAUUGAGUACAAGGGAAGCUGUCAUAUUGAGUUUGCAACUGAAGAAGCUGCAAAGAAGGCAUUGGAGUUGGAUGGCCAAAACUUGUGUAACAUGGAAAUUGUAAUUGACUGUUAUGGAACCGAAACCACUGGAGCAUCAAAAACACUUAUUGCCAAGCACCUAUCUUUGUCCAUUACUAAAUCAGAUGUGAUCAAGUUCUUUAAAAGGGCUGGGAAAAUUAUCGAUGUGCGUUUCUCUUCACUUGAUAAUGGAAAAUUCAGUGGGCAUUGCCAUAUUGAGUUUGCAACUGAAGAAGGUGCGGAGAAGGUAACCUACCCAGCUUAUCACUGCCAAGCUCCAAUUCCAACAGUCUCAGAAACCAAGCUCAACUUCGAAAGUCAAUGGCAGCAACACCACUGAUACGUCACCCUCUUCAUCAACGAUGAGCAGAAGCAUCAUCAGUUCAACACACUAGUCAUUAUAGCAAUUGCACAAUUGCACUAGCAUAUGACUUGUUAUUGUACCACAGUUUAGGAAGUUAAUUACUACUCAAACUGCAGUUAUAGUUUGUUUGCGAACACCACACCUCUCUGAAGUUAAUUAGUACCGAUAGGUACCGGUACCGUACCUGGUACCGUACGUGUACCGAAUGGUACCGGAACCGAGGUACAAGGUACAUGUACCGGUCCAAAAUUUUGAAACCGAGGCUAAGGAGGUACAGGUACUCGGCCUCGGCAAGAACCGAGCCGAACCGUACCGUGUGCACCCUUAUCCUAGACUAGUUUGUUUGAAUAUCAAAAAGCAAAAUUACUUAUCCAA